GAAUAAUAUAUUUAUAUUGAAUUGAGUAAGGCGCAGAUGUGAUUGUGGGCAUAAGCUUUUACAUCUUCUCUCCCUUCUCGCGCUCUCGCAAAGAGAAACCAACGGCAAAGGAGGGGGAGAGAGAGAGAGAGAGAGCAAACGCAUAUUCAACCACACACAUCCGCAGCCUCACCGUCCCCCGCCCUCGGACCCAACAAUUACGCCGCCCCCUGCCUCCGUGCCUUCAAUAUUUGUCAGGCUAUUCUAAUAUGCCCUUUCUCCCUUUGACUUUCGUCCCCCCUCCUUCCCCUUUUUCUGCUUAGGGUUCUUUCUCCAAAAAUGAUUCCCCCGUCUUCCUUUUGAAUCCCAAGCCAUCAUCCACGGAUUUUCCAUCUCGAAGGCUUAGGUUUAGGUUCAGGGCAUCCUCUCGAAUGGAAGCGUCCGGUGGAAAUUCGGACGCUUACAGAAGUUCUUCUUCGAAUACUUCUACUCAUUCCCGAAGACACGGAUUGCAUAUUUCUGCUUCUAACAUUCUUCGAUCGCCUUUGUCCACUUUAUUAGAAUACACCGGAAUUCUCAGAACCAGGUCCAAUCAUUCAGAAUCCGACGCUUUAUUGAACAAUGGAUCCCAAAUCAGCUAUCGAGAUCACCACCUUCAGCCGCAUCUCAAUGACUCUCCACCUCCAGCCCCUGCAAAUAGGGGUGGCACUGCAGGAGAGGUCUCAAUCAGGAUAAUUGGUGCCGGCGAACAUGAGCAUGACAGGGUUGCCACUGUGUUGCACUCAGUACCAGUAGUUGGGCAGCUUAGUGCACAGUCUGAGUCCUUUCCGCAGCCAAUUUCGAGGUCAGGGUCUGCAGUUUCUGUAUUGUCCUCGUUAGAGAGCCAGGUUGAAUUGAGGAGUGAUCGAGAGGCAGGAGAUGGAGGUGCACACACAACAGAUUCAGGUGGUGAUACAGACGCUGCCGAGGGAGCUGCUGCCAAUAAUAGGGAUUCAUCCUCUUCGUAUCAGCGAUAUGACAUACAGCAGGCUGCUCGGUGGAUCGAGCAGGUCCUUCCUUUCUCAUUGCUUCUGUUGGUUGUAUUUAUACGCCAACACUUGCAAGGUUUCUGUGUUACCAUUUGGAUUGCUGCUUUCAUGUUUAAGUCGAAUGAUGUUGUACGGAAGCAGACAGCACUCAAGGGCGAGAGGAGAAUAUUUGUCCUCAUCGGCAUUGUUAUUCUUUUCACACUUCAUGUUGUUGGGAUAUACUGGUGGUAUCGCAAUGAUGAUCUGUUAUAUCCAUUGCUGAUGCUGCCACCGAGAACCAUACCGCCUUUCUGGCAUGCGAUAUUCAUUAUCAUGGUGAAUGACACACUGGUUCGUCAGGCUGCAAUGGUCUUCAAGUGUGUGCUAUUGAUGUAUUAUAAAAACAGCAGAGGUCGAAAUUAUCGUCGGCAGGGUCAAUUGCUGACUUUAGUUGAGUAUCUACUGCUGCUUUAUCGUGCACUGCUCCCUGCCCCUGUUUGGUACCGUUUCUUUUUGAACAAAGAAUAUGGGAGCCUUUUCUCGUCGCUAAUGACUGGACUGUACUUAACAUUCAAGCUUACAUCCGUUGUUGAGAAGGUCCAAUCAUUCAUUACUGCUUUGAGAGCAUUGUCGAGGAAAGACAUCCAUUAUGGAGCUUAUGCUACAUCCGAACAGGUUGUUGCGGCAGGAGAUUUGUGUGCCAUUUGCCAGGAAAAGAUGCACGCUCCAGUCCUUCUACGUUGCAAACACAUAUUUUGUGAGGACUGUGUAUCCGAGUGGUUUGAGAGAGAACGAACUUGCCCCUUGUGCCGGGCUUUGGUGAAACCUGCUGAUCUUAGAUCAUUUGGUGAUGGAUCAACCAGCCUAUUUUUUCAGUUAUUUUAAAUCCAGGAAGUUUUCUGCUUUGAAGCCUUAAUCCUCCAGUCAGAGCAGCUCUUUCCUGAUCAUUUCAUCUGCAUAGAAAAUUUAACUGUAAUUAUAUUGUUUAUUGCCACUGACAUCUAGUCUGCAGUGGCUGAUAGAAAUGUUGUAAUCAGAAAAUGUAUGUGAAGGUUUCCACAUGCAGGAGUUACCUUCAUGUUCAAUGGUAUAUGCAACAAAGUUUUUUCUUAAUGAAUGUACUGCCUCAGUGGGGUAGGGUUGUUUAA